GGCUUGGAACUCAUAGAAAGCUGCCCGCCUAUGCCUCCCGAGUGCCACGAUUAAAGGCACAUGCCACCAUGCUGCAGCCAUCUCUAGGCUUUCUUUUGGGGGUUCGUUCAUUUCUCUGGCCUCUGCAUUCAGAACAGUGGUUCUCAACCUGUGGGUGACCUCUCACAGGAGUCGCCUAAAACCACCGGAAAACAUAGAUAUUUGCAUUACCAUUCCUAACAAUCACGAAACUACAGUGAAGAAACAGGAAUGAAAUAAUGUUAUGGUCGGGGGUGAGCACAACAUGAGGAACUGUAUUAAAAGGUCACAGCAUUAGGAAGGUUGAGGACCACUGCCAUAGUGUUGCAAAGGCCACACCCCUUUACCUACCAGUUUGAACUGGAAAGAGUUAUUUGACUUGAUUUUCUGGGUUCAAUUUGUCUCGUGGGAAAUUAAAUUAUUAGCCUUUUCCAUAUUUCCUUUCUUGCGGUAAAAUACAUACUUUAAAUAUAUAUAAAAUGGCAAUUUAUAACAUAAAAUUUCCGUUUUAAUAAUUUUAACAGCGCAAUACAGUGACAUUAACUAUAUUUACAAUGCUAGAUACUCUGUAUGCAUUACAACAGUGACUUCACAGCCUGCCCUUCCUCCGUCCCUGGUCACUCCGUUUGUGUGAGUUCUAUCUGCUGAGUGCCAUGUCUGCCCCUAACUUCUGGUAACUUCUAAUCUGAUUCCUGUCUCUAUGAAUUUGACUCCUCUAGACAGCUUCACACAAGUGAAAUCAUAAUGUAUUUUUCCUUUUGUGUCUAGCAUUUCACUCGGCACGAUGUUUUUGUUCAUCUGUGCUGUGUCAUGUGUCCUAACUUCAAUCCUUUUUUAUGGAUGACUUAUAUUCCAUUGUGUGUAUAAACCAUCUUUCAUUUAUCCAUUUAUCUGUUUGUAGACACUCGGGUUGCUUUUAUCUUUUGUGAAUAAUGCUAUAAUGGACACUGGGGUACAUGCUUCUGUUUAAGUCUCCGUUUUCACUUCUUUCAGGUCUAUAUUUAGGAGUGGGGUUGCUGGGCCAUAUUGAAGGCAUUUCUGUGUUUAACUUUUUAGGGAACAAAACACCAAAACAUUCCCCACAGUGGCUGUAUCACUUGAGAUGGCCGGUUGCACUGCGUGAAGGUUGUCAUCUUUCCACAUCCUGUACCAUUGCCAGUACCUGUGACUAUAAGUUGGCUGACUAGUGAACUGCAGGGAUCUACCUGUCUCAGCCUUCCACAGUGCUGCCUUUACAGGUGACGCCUGGAACAAGACUUUAAGGCUCCCUGUCCUCCAUGCUGCUCACUAGAAAAGAGGCCCUGAACUGUGUUCUCUCUGUGACUGACAAGAAGCAUUUCUGGCCCAGCUGGAAGUGAGAAGAGGGGGUGAGCCUCCUGAAGACCAUCCCAGAGGCGGUGGCACCACCCAACAAUCCUCCAUGUGAAUCAAUCCCAUGAUGCAACAUGCCUCCCCAGCCCCAGCUCUGACAAUGAUGGCCACGCAGAAUGUCCCUCCCCCACCCUACCAGGACAGCCCCCAGAUGACAGCAACCACCCAGCCACCUUCCAAGGCCCAGGCUGUCCACAUCUCAGCACCCUCAGCUACUGCCAGCACGCCUGUGCCCAGUGCCCCCAUUGAUCCCCAGGCCCAGCUGGAGGCUGAUAAGCGAGCUGUGUACAGGCACCCUCUUUUCCCGCUCCUGACGCUGCUGUUUGAGAAAUGUGAACAGGCCACCCAGGGCUCUGAGUGCAUCACCUCCGCCAGCUUUGACGUGGACAUCGAGAACUUUGUCCACCAGCAGGAGCAGGAGCACAAACCCUUCUUCAGCGAUGACCCGGAACUGGACAAUCUGAUGGUGAAGGCAAUCCAGGUCCUGAGGAUCCACCUGCUAGAGUUGGAGAAAGUCAAUGAACUCUGCAAGGACUUUUGCAACCGUUACAUCACCUGCCUCAAAACCAAGAUGCACAGCGAUAACCUGCUCAGGAAUGACCUCGGGGGUCCCUACUCCCCCAACCAGCCCUCCAUAAACCUUCACUCACAGGACCUCCUGCAGAAUUCCCCCAAUUCCAUGUCCGGAGUCUCCAAUAACCCCCAGGGGAUUGUGGUCCCAGCCUCAGCACUCCAGCAGGGCAACAUCGCCAUGACAACUGUCAACUCACAAGUCGUGUCAGGUGGAGCCUUAUAUCAACCGGUUACCAUGGUAACCUCCCAGGGUCAGGUGGUCACCCAAGCAAUUCCCCAGGGAGCCAUCCAGAUCCAGAAUACACAGGUUAACCUUGACCUCACCUCCCUCCUGGACAAUGAGGAUAAGAAGUCCAAGAACAAACGAGGAGUCUUGCCCAAGCAUGCCACCAAUAUAAUGCGUUCUUGGCUCUUCCAGCAUCUCAUGCACCCCUACCCCACAGAAGACGAGAAGAGGCAGAUUGCGGCCCAGACAAACCUCACCCUCCUGCAAGUAAACAACUGGUUCAUCAAUGCUCGGAGGCGCAUCCUGCAGCCCAUGCUUGAUGCCAGCAACCCAGAUCCUGCUCCCAAAGCCAAGAAAAUCAAGUCUCAGCACCGGCCCACCCAAAGAUUCUGGCCCAAUUCCAUUGCUGCUGGGGUCCUGCAGCAGCAGGGUGGCACCCCAGGGACAAACCCUGAUGGUUCCAUCAACUUGGACAACCUGCAGUCCCUGUCCUCCGAUAAUGCCACCAUGGCCAUGCAGCAGGCCAUGAUGGCUGCACAUGAUGACUCGUUGGAUGGAACGGAAGAAGAGGACGAAGAUGAUAUGGAAGAGGAAGAAGAGGAGGAGGAGGAGCUAGAGGAGGAGGCAGAUGAGCUGCAGACAACGAAUGUCAGCGACCUGGGCUUGGAACACAGUGACUCCCUGGAGUAGGUCAGGCAGCCCCGAUGGCACUGGUCACCGAGCAGGAAAGGAGUGUCAUCAGGAGGGGUCAGGGUGGGAGGGAGGGGACACGGGCAGGCAGCACCAAGAAAGUUGGGCCCUAGCUUCCCCAAAUCAUAGCUUGAAGAAACGCAGAGGCGACACCCUGUUCCUUUCCAACCACCAAGCUUCAGUGAAAACCUAGUUCCAGACCCUUGGACUGCAGAGCACUCCAUUGCUGGGGCCAGUCAAACAGCCUGUGAAGAAAGGCAGAGUGAGAGCUGGACUCACCCAAUACCUGAAGACAGAUGACACCAUGGCCCCACGUGGAAAAGGACUUGGGUAGUUUACAAGCCCGGCCCUGUGAGGCGGACAGGCGCUGUUUGCAGAGCGGACCUUUGCCAAGGGGCAGACCUGGGAGGGAAGGAUGAGACAGAGGGGGCUCACGUUUCCCCACGGGAGAAUCUGAGCUCCCUCGAAAGACACUCCAGGACAGGAGGGGGUCCACACGCAUAACUGGUGGCCAGAGGAGGGGGGCCUGAGGCGACACCGUACCCUGCAGAGCCGAGCGGGACACAGACUGAACAGGGCUCCAGCUUACCCACCAGGACCCUGUCUCUUAGCACAGCAGCCGUGGACUGAGGAGAGGGGGAUGGAAGCCAAACGAGACUCCUUCUUCCUCUCUUGGAAAUAUAUUGUCGGUGGGUCCAACCUGAAGAGGCUAAAGAGCAGCUCUCCAUCCGGGUCAGCUCUAGGACCAAGCAGGCGGCAGAACCUGGAUCAGGAGCCAUAUUAAGAUGACUUUGGGGAACACAUCUGUCCCUAGGUGAUCACAUCACAGCUCCUGUAAUAAGAGGACCUUGGUGUCUUACCCUAGAUGCUCCCAUCCUCAAAUGGAGUUCUCCAGAUACCCCAGCCCCUCUGUAAACCUUUAGCGAGGGGGGGGGCAGGGGUUCUUCCCACUCCACAGGUCCCCAUGGUAUCCCUCUGCUCCCAGGCUGGUACCACCAGCCUCUAGCCUCCUUCUUCAUGCUAUCCUCCAGAGAAGGCAGAAGACACACCGGAAAGAGGCGUUAUCCCAAUGGGAAGGCAGGGUCUGAGGAAGGUGCUGCUGUUCUUGCCUUCAGUACCCGACCUGGCAGGGGAAUGGCGGACCAGUUGAUCUGCACACGCCAGUGGGCCCAACACUGAGGAACUGGGGGCUCCUGGGAGGAGGCUUCCUACCAUCUGCCCUCACACACACCCUCCAAGCCCCACCUUGGAGGGCCCAUGAUUGGCACCCGCUCCUCCUGUCCCCUCCUAUUCUACGGCUGUGAAUGGCAGGACUAAUCACGUGUGUGUUUUCCAUUGGGUUUAAUGUGAUGGAUGUGCAGUUUCAUUUGUAAAUGUGCAUUAGCCAUCUCCUUCAGUGGUCGGAUGUGAGUGGCUAUCUGGCUCAACCAGAGGGGACCCUUGGGAUCUUCUGGGACUUCCCCUCUUCUACCUGGUUGGAUGGAGCAAAAGGAUAGUCACUUUUCUGAGGUCUCCCGGAAAUGAAUGUAUUUCUCCCCCAAAAGAGCUGAUAUUUAAUGUUUUACUAGGGAUUUUUGAGAAACAAAUAACCUUAUUUAUAAUCUGGGUGAUCCAAUCAUUUUUUUACUCCCUUUUGAUGUCAUACUUAGAGGAAAGGCAAGCUUUUUUGGCGUGAGACUUUUGCAACACGCAGUGGAUAAAACGUAUUUCCUCUUCUAGUUCAUUUUUCUUGUUAAAAUACAUACAUCCACACAUAACUUCCUCCACUCAGCACCGUGACAAGCACCCUACUCAGCACGGACAUGUGUGCAUAUGUGCACAUGGAUACACAUGCCUACAUCUCUUCCUCCCAGCCCCUUCCACCCGCCUAAUGUUAUGCAACCUCCUUCCAGUGUAUCCACCAAACCAGUACUGAAUGUGGCCGCAAAGUUUUCAGUAAACCUUAUCACCUACCGAAA